GGGGUUGCACGUAAAAGCGUCCGACGCCGCUUUGGCGUGCACGGAGCCUCGCUCGGGGUGCGCCAGGCCCGCGCCUGGCCGCCAGGCCCUUAACGACGGCUCGGGCCGGGUUGCGAAAGCGUCGCUGGGCCGAAUGCAUUGGGUUUGGUGCUUCGGGCAGGGCUAGGUGCCCCCGAUACACUCGGACGUAAGCGGCGAGGCUUCAGAUCCCGGGUGCAAAACUCCGGGACGACCUUAAGAUGGCUGCCGAGGGAUACGGAGUACGGUACUCUCCUUUCGGCGGCCCUGCGGCUUUUUGGCAGCCGAAGAGGAGCUCGCGACGAACCCCCGCGGGGCAGAACCACGUUAAGUCCGCCUCAAUCAACUUUCCUUAAAUCGUCCGCUGAUUAAAGGGAAGAGGAGAAAGAAGCUUUUCACAAGAGGAGCUGCGGCCCUGUUCCUGUCAGGGGCCUCCGCCUUUUUCAAUUAGAACAGCCGCCACCGCAGCAGGGCCACCCAAAUGCAACACGGGUAACCCUAGACAGUGUUUCUCAACCUCGACAACUUGAAGAUGUGUGGACCUCAUCUCCCAGAAUACCCCAGCCAGUUUGGGGGAGUCUGCUUUAAUGGCUACAGGACGGGCAAAGACCCAACAGAUUCCUUUUUCCGUUUUGCAGUUUGCCUGGUUUGGCCUCAGCUUGAACCCAGCCACUGAGGUUGCAAGCUGUGUGUAGGGCCUGCACAAUAUAUAAAGUCACCAGUUGUGGCUUUUCCAUACACUGCCAAGCCAUAGUUUAGCACCAUAUGCACAUGUCUGGCGUAUGGAUACGAGUAAUGAAUUCCUUAUUCCAGGAACUGGACUAGAUCAGCGUUUUUCAAACUUGGCAACUUCAAGAUGUGUGGACUUCAACUUCCAGAAUUCCCCAGCCGACAUGCCAAGUUUGAAAAACACUGGACUAGAUCAUCUCCAAGGCGCCUUCCAACUUUCACAAAGCCUGGUAGCGCUUUUUCUGAUUAACGCAUUUCAUUAAAAAGCAUCUCCUUUCUUGAGCUACACCUCGCUUCAUCAGAAGCCCUAAGCGUCCACUUUGGUCAGGAAAGUUUACGCCUUUAAUGUGUCAGUCGAGAAAGGUGCUGCAGACUAAAACGGCUCUCCUCCAAAGCCUCCCGCCUUCACGGUCGGCGAUCCUAUUAAACGCAUCCCAGUGGAGGGGAGAAAAAGGGGCGCUUUUAUUCCCGAAAGUGGGUAUUUGCAAACUGCAGAAGUCUUUUCGCGAAUGUCUCCUUCGCGGCCAUUCGCCUCUUCCUGGUUGAGGUGAACUUCUCCAUCUGCGCAUCUGCUGCGGAGGAAGGGCACCGUCGUUCGCAGAAGCUUCGGCUGGUCGGGAAGCCGCGUUGCCAUCACAAGCGCCUCUGGGCGGGGAAUACAAGGCGGAAACGUCGCGGCCGCAGCGAGGAGAGCUGGAAGCGGACGCGUCCCACGGUUGGAGUCUCUGGACUUGGCCGGUUGCAGGAGGAAUAAAGCCUCGCCGCAACGUUUCCCCGGGCGUGCAGUGAUCGCGGGGAGGGAAGCAAAGAAUGGCUGCCGACGCGCCCCCAGUCCUUUCGGUCCAGCUGGUGGAAGAACCGAGACUGCUGAAGCUGAAGAAGAUGUUCAUCUCUAAAUUUAAAUCAACACCUAAAUUUUAUGUUCGAGCACCAGGGCGAGUCAACUUAAUAGGUGAACAUAUAGAUUACUGUGGAUAUGCUGUGCUCCCAAUGGCCGUAGAUCAAGACAUACUUAUAGCAGCUGAACCUCUAAGCACUCCAGUUAUCCAUUUGGCUAAUACAAAUCUCUUGUACUCGGAUUACAGUACAGAUGCCAAUAACAUUCAAAUAAAGCAAACAAAACCUUUAUGGCACAACUAUUUUCUAUGUGGAUUCAAAGGAAUACAGGAUCAUUUCAGUCUGGAGAACCCAAGUGGCAUUAACUGCCUUGUAGAAGGCACAAUUCCUCCAAGUUCUGGCUUAUCGAGCUCCAGCGCGUUGGUCUGUUGUGCAGGACUUGUGACUCUUAUGGCAAAUGGAAAGACGCUUUCAAAGGUGGAACUGGCUGACCUAUGCAGCAAGAGCGAACGUUACAUUGGCACUGAAGGAGGUGGCAUGGACCAAUCCAUCUGUUUUCUUGCAGAAAAAGGAACUGCAAAGCUGCUAGAAUUUAAUCCUCUAAAGGCAACUGAUGUGAAGCUUCCAGAAGGAGCAAUUUUUGUGAUUGCAAACAGUUGCGUUGAAAUGAACAAGGCCGCGACUUCUCAUUUCAAUAUUAGGGUGAUGGAGUGUCGUCUGGCUACAAAGCUUUUAGCAAAAUCCAGAGGCCUAGACUGGAAAGCAGUGGUGAAGCUCCAAGAUGUGCAAGUCAAGCUGAAGCUAAGCUUAGAGGAAAUGCUGGCUGUAGUUGAAGAGGAGUUUCACCCUGAGCCUUAUAGCAUAGAGGAAAUUGGGGAAAACCUGGGAAUUAGCCCCACAGAACUACGCACUCAGAUCCUUAGCCAGAACACACAAGAUGUGACCACCUUUAAGUUGUACCAGCGUGCUAAGCAUGUGUACGCUGAAGCUGCCAGAGUUCUGGAGUUUAAGAAAAUCUGCAUGGAGGCACCUGAUGAUGCGAUCUCAUUGCUGGGGGAUUUGAUGAAUCAGAGCCAUGCCAGCUGCAAAGACUUGUACGAAUGCAGCUGCCCUGAACUAAAUCAGCUGGUGGACAUCUGUCUGCAGUUUGGAGCAGUUGGGUCACGCCUGACUGGGGCAGGAUGGGGUGGCUGCACUGUGUCAAUGGUUCCUGUGGACAAACUGGAGAGAUUCCUAGCAAAUGUGAAGGAGGCUUACUACAGAAAUUAUGGCCAAAGGUUAGCCCUGGAAGAAAACAGCCUGUUUGCUACCAACCCUGGCGGAGGAGCUAUGAUUUUCCUUGAAGCCUAAAGGACGCCUAAUUUUAAGGAGGAAUAAUUUGGGGCAAACUGGGAGGACUUUGUAUGUCACAGUAAACAAGUCACUUUGCUGUUUUUUAUUAUAUUAUAAUGAGCACUAGCAAUGGCUAUUAUUAGGAUGGAUUUCCAAACUUUUUUUUUCAAAAGCUCUAUUAAUCUUUCUAGUGCAUUUUUCUUUCUUAAAAUAUGCUUCCAACAAAGACCAUCCAAAAUGUUGAUUUUUGUCUGGACUUUACAAUAUAAAACAUGAUUUGCCAAAAUGUAUUCAUUAAAAGUAUUGAAAUGAACCAGAUUGGAAUUAAAGGGAGAAAAACUCCA